GUUAUUGUUGUUGUAGUAUAUUGCACUUUUUUUGUUAAGCAAAGCUGCCGGUCAAUAAUAAAUUCACUUGUCGAACAAGCUUCUUUUUUUAACAUUUUUAAAUAAAAACUUUAAGUUUUUUUAAGAAAAUCUUUAUAAUUCUCAGCAAAGCAACAUGUCUAACAACAACAAUCAAUGGGAAGUGGUAACCAAAUCGAAAAAACAAAAGAAUUUGGAAAAGAAGGUAGUGGCCCAUAAAGAAAAGAAAAAAAUAGAAGCUCUACAACCUAAAUUGGAAGAGAUAUUCCCUUCACAUCAGUAUCGUAAGAUUAUUACAGGCCGUGGUGGUCAAGAUAAUCACUCACCGGCCAAAUCAAAUGCUAGUUCGAAGUCCAAAGGUUCUACACCCAAAAAAACCAACAAAACUUCUAAAGAAUCUUCACAGCCGAAAGAUUCUAAUAAGAAAAACAAAAAUGAAGCUAGCAAUAGAGCACCAGCAAAACCCAAAAGUUUGGAGCAAGCUUUUAAGAAUUUAACUGCUGAUGAUUUUGCCUCGCAUUUGGAGCAAUUGAAAAUUAUAUAUCCUGGUUCCAAAUUGGCCUGGUUAAAAGAGAUCGCCAACUAUUUGAAUACCAAUUUACCAUUUGAUUGUGAUCCUAUCUUUUCUGGCAAAUCCAUAACAUAUCCAAGCAAUUUAGCUUCACCCGCCUUUAAAGAAGCCCUACUCGAUUUUCUUUCAUCUGAGGGUGAAACAAAUCUUGAGUACUUCUUCCAUUAUACUCUAUUGGAGAGUAUGUGCACGGAAUUAAAUAAGAAUCUACCUGUUGUUGGGUACAAAUUCCUUCUGCAAUUAAUUGCUCAAAAUUGGCCACAAAUAUGUUCGAAUAAAAUGGCCAAUACAGCCAUGUUAAGGGAUUGCUAUCAAAAUCGCAGUAAUAUAUGUUUAAGUAUAUUAUGGGCUAUCGGUCAAGGUGGCUAUCAAAAUCUAAUGGAAGGUAUUAAAGUCUGGCAAAAUUUAAUGUUGCCAAAUUUAACUAUGAAAAGCUAUAGUCGUUUCAUUUGUGAGUAUAUUGAAAAAGUAUUAAAUUCGGCUAGUGAUCAACGUUUGAAUAUGAAUCAAAAUGAGUUUUUUGCCAGUUAUAAUGCUUUGAAAACCCAAUACCCUGGACUACCGCGCGAAUGUCAACAAGCCUUAACACGAAGCUCCUCUUUAUUUUUGCAAAAAUAUAUUGUUAAUACAACCAGUCAUGCUAAUCUCUUUGUAAAUUUAUUAAGAGACAAUGAAAUAAAUGGUUGUCUAUCGGCUUUAUUACACAAUGAUGACUGUUUUAAAGUUUGGAAAAUGAAUUAUAAGAAACAAAUAGUACCAACCAUGAAUUUAUUAGAAAAACUGGAAACUGAAAUAUUUGAUAGUGCCACAUCUUUGGCAAUGUCUCCAACAUUCCAUAAAUUUUUACAUGAAGCUGAAGUAUUAAAUGCUGAGUUAGAUGCUAGUAAAAGACGUGAUCCUAAUGUUGAUAGACUAAUAGAAUUGAUAAGGGUAAGUUUUUGAUUAUUUAAAUUUUUA